GAUUUCAUUACACGUGGGGUGAGCACAUUUAUUGUAGCGGUGGAUGCCGGUGCGGCCCGUACAAUAUUUGUACACGGGUUUUAAAAAAUACUAAUAAAUAAUCGUCAUUGAUAUUCCUUCCUGUGAGACAGGUGUUCGGGAAACCGGCCGUUGCUGAAGUGCAGUCUUUUGUGCUGCAACGUUGAAUAGUGGUAGUAUUUCAGCUGACAAUCACUACGACACGAUGAAGUACAUACUCGUAACCGGCGGGGUCAUCUCCGGCAUUGGCAAGGGAAUCAUCGCUAGCAGUGUGGGCACCAUUCUUAAGUCCUGUGGUCUGCAUGUCACUGCCAUCAAAAUAGACCCCUACAUCAACAUUGAUGCCGGCACCUUCUCGCCCUAUGAACAUGGAGAGGUGUUUGUCCUAGAUGACGGUGGUGAGGUGGACCUUGACCUGGGGAACUACGAGCGUUUCCUUGACAUUCGGCUCACCAAGGACAACAACCUGACAACGGGCAAGAUCUACCAGUCUGUCAUCAACAAGGAGCGACGGGGCGACUACCUGGGCAAGACAGUGCAAGUGGUGCCCCACAUCACCGAUUCCAUCCAGGAGUGGGUGAUGCGUCAGGCCCGGAUCCCUGUGGAUGACGAUGGCUUGGAGCCCCAGGUCUGCGUGAUUGAGCUGGGCGGCACCGUGGGUGACAUCGAGAGCAUGCCCUUCAUCGAGGCCUUCCGGCAAUUCCAGUUCAAGGUCAAGAGGGAGAACUUCUGCAACAUCCACGUGAGCCUGGUGCCGCAGCCGAGCGCCACAGGGGAACAGAAGACGAAGCCUACGCAGAACAGCGUGCGGGAGCUCCGGGGGUUGGGUCUGUCUCCAGACUUGGUUGUGUGUCGCUGUGCCAUGCCGCUGGACACUGCCGUCAAAGAGAAGAUAUCUAUGUUUUGUCACGUUGAACCCGAACAGGUGAUCUGCGUCCAUGACGUCUCAUCUAUCUACCGCGUGCCCCUACUGCUGGAGGACCAGGGCGUGGUGGACUACUUCUGCCACAGGCUGGACCUGCCCAUUGAGACGAGGCCCCGGAAGAUGCUCACCAAGUGGAAGGAGAUGUCUGACAGGUCUGACCGUCUCCUGGAGCACUGCUCCAUCGCCCUGGUGGGGAAGUACACCAAAUUCUCUGACUCGUACGCCUCGGUCAUCAAGGCCCUUGAACAUUCGGCGCUGGCUAUCAACUACAAGCUGGAGGUCAAGUACAUCGAUUCGGCAGAUCUGGAGCCGGCCACACUGCAGCAGGAGCCUGUGAAGUACCAUGAGGCAUGGCAGAAGCUUUGCAGCGCUGGUGGCGUCUUGGUCCCCGGUGGGUUUGGAGUUCGAGGCACAGAGGGCAAGAUUCAGGCCAUUAGCUGGGCAAGAAAGCAGAAGAAGCCAUUUUUAGGUGUGUGCCUUGGCAUGCAGCUGGCCGUGUGCGAGUUCGCCCGGAAUGUUCUGGACUGGCAAGACGCGAACUCGACGGAGUUUGACCCAGAGACCAAGCAUCCUGUAGUGAUUGACAUGCCAGAGCACAACCCUGGACAGAUGGGCGGUACGAUGAGGCUGGGAAAGAGGCGCACGAUCUUCAAGAACGGAAACAGUGUUCUGAGGAGGCUGUAUGGAGAUGCUGCGUAUGUUGAUGAGCGACACAGGCACCGCUUUGAGGUGAACCCAGACUUGAAACAGCACUUUGAGGAUAAAGGUUUCAGUUUUGUCGGGCAGGAUGUGGGGGGCGAGAGGAUGGAGGUGAUUGAGCUGGAGGAUCACCCCUACUUUGUGGGGGUACAGUACCAUCCAGAGUUCACCUCCCGCCCCAUCAAGCCCUCUCCCCCCUACCUUGGCCUCCUGUUGGCCGCUGCUGGGAAGCUGCACAGCUACCUGCUCAAGGGAUGCCGUCUGUCGCCAAGAGACACGUACAGCGAUCGCAGCGGUAGCAGCUCCCCCGACUCUGAGAUCGCGGAGCUGAAGUUCCCCUCCGAGGCCCAGAACUGAUGCGGUGGCUCUCCUGCGAGGUCAAGAUUUUAACGCACACAGGCCCCGUUACCGUCUACUUUUCGGCCACCCUAAUGGUUCAGCGUGAUGCUGGGGAUUUAAUUAUAACCACCCAUGGAAUGAGUGUACAGAAGUGCUUUUUUAAGGCUGUUUCUCUCCCAUGAAUUAUUCCUUUACCUUUCCUUGUAGAGCAUGUUGAAGCCUAGUCACUGUAUUAAUACGAGCAGAAACUUCAGGUGCCUGUGUGGCUGCAGCGUCGCUAUAUGCAAGUCAUGGUGGAAUUUGAUACCGCUUCAGGACCUUUGCUUUGGGACACGAGGGCUGAGUUGCAUGAUGCAGUAUUUCCCCCACUCUAGUGGGCAGGGACCUGCAGCCAGCCCAUGCUUUUGUUCGCUCCCGAGAGGAGAUGGACUUGCUUGGGAAACUGGUUUAAUAAAGACAGGAUGCUUUCUGUACUGGGUCACCCAGAUUUCUUUUGACCAUUUGCCUUGUUUGAAGUAUGACAGACUGGUAUUAAAGUUGAUGGAAUACAUGAUAAAA